CACAUUUUGCACCAUUCCACAAAGCGGCGGUGAACCACCUAGCCAAACAGAGAAAGAAUCGCGUGUGUGCUGCCACAAUCACUCGCCCUAACCCCGCCUCACCCCCCUCCAUCGUUCUGCCCGAUAAUUAACAGAAAUUGAUUUUCCCCCGCGAAGAAAAAAAGGCGGCUGAAGUGAACGAACCUUACAUCAUCAAUCAUGGAUCACGCAAAGCUCGCGAAGAUGCAGGCGUCCGUCCGUAUCGGCGGAAAGGGAACCCCACGGAGAAAGGUCAAGAAGGUGCACAAGAGCGCCGGAACCGAUGACAAGAAGCUUCAGGCUGCUCUCAAGAAGUUGAACGUGCAGCCCAUCCAGGCUAUUGAGGAGGUCAACAUGUUCAAGGAGGACGGAAACGUCAUCCACUUCGCCGCUCCCAAGGUUCACGCGUCGGUCCCUUCCAACACCUUCGCCAUCUACGGAAACGGCGAGGACAAGGAGUUGACCGAGCUCGUCCCCGGUAUCCUUAACCAGCUUGGCCCCGACUCGCUCGCGUCGCUGCGAAAGCUCGCAGAGAGCUACCAGAGCCUUCAGAAGAAGGAGGGCGAUGACGACAAGAAGGACGACUCCGAUGACGAUGACAUCCCCGACCUUGUCGAGGGCAAGGACUUCGAGAACAAGGAGUAAACCGAAACCCCAAUCGGACAAAAAAAAUCUCACUUCGGAGUUUCCUUUUCGAUGGUUUCGUGUUGCUGUUGUGAUUGUUGGCCGUCGUUGUGGGUGCUGGUUUCGCGAGUUCGGGAGAAGAGUAACGUCUCAUCUGUGCCGUUUUUCUCUUGUCUUUCCACCACCAGAUUUGUGCGUCUUUAAAACGGCAAUAUAAGGCGACUAUGAAUCAAACCAGUGAGCAUGCUUUCGGAGUGCGGCAUCUGAACGCCCGUAUUUGAACGAAACCAGAGUAUUACUACAGGUCAGAAAUCAAUGGUGUGUGUUCCUGGCACGUCGCAAAGCAUCAUUCGUGCAGAC